GGCAACUUGCAUCUAUUAUCUUUGAUCAGCUGUGGGUAGGAGAUUGAGGAUUGUUGGUGUGAUAAGAGACGUGAAUGGGAAGGCAACCCAUGCGGUCACAUUGGUUGUUGACAAACAGUGUCAGUAUUUUUUGUGCGAUAAACAAACCACAUGAAGUCUCAAAGUCCCAGCAAUACUCCAGCGCUUGAGGAGGUGGCAAGAUGCAACGUGCCAGGUUGCAAAACGAGUGAAAACACCAAGAUAAACGUGAAGAGUGUCUUGCUGUUUUCAUUUCCCACCGACAACGACUCGCUUUCUAAGCAAUGGGAAGAAAACUCUUCCGUAAACCUAAAAAACAAUCCGGAUGGGGCAAAGAUCUGUGGGCUUCACUUUGAAGAUAACAGUUUUGCAGAUGAGAAACGGAAUGCUCUGCUACCUGAUGCAGUUCCUACAAUAUUUGAAUUCAGUAACAAAAGGAAAAUGAGUGACGUGGACAAAACAGAUCUCAUAGAUAGUUCCUCACCAAAGCAAAAAAAAUGUGAAGACACGGAUUUGCCUGGUGGGGAAACAAGUUUGCACCAAAAUUCUUCUUCACUGCCAACGCCAGAAAACUCUGCCGAUGUACAGGGUUCUUUGGGCUCAAGGGAGCUUCGACCAGAGGAGCCAAUGGAGAUAUCGGACCAGGUACAAGAUGACUCAAAGAUGGAAAGCACAGUGUCUGCAGUUUCUCCAAAGGAAAUAGAUGUUCCACAGAAAGUUUACCGUCUGGUUAUAAGGAUAGAUAAAGUGAUCCAAAAUCCGGAAAAAAUGCAGUUCGGAGCAUCAGACAUCACUCUACCCAAUCAGUCUGUUGCCAGGGAACCGAAACUUUUGACCAAAAAUGGUAUUGAGCUAAAACCUUGUGCCAAAAAAGGCUGCAAGCUUAUAAAAACAUUUUUAAAUUCCACGCCUGUGUUCCAAUGUGAACACUGCAGCAAGUACUACGUUGUGAAAGAAAAUGUGAGUAAAGCUAGUUCCUGGAGGUGCUAUAUUUGUGAAAGAGAAUUUACGAGCUUAGAUCUUCUCGCUUAUCACAUUUGCAAACAUUUCAAAUGCGAUAUAUGUCAGGCUCAGUGCACCACGCAAAUAUCUUAUGAUAAACACCUCAAGCUUCAUGUGAGCACCGAUCCUUUGCUGCCGUACAAAUGUCACAAGUGUUCAAAUACUUUUGAAGUAAAGGCAGAGGUGCGUCAGCACUACGUUGAAAGACAUGCAGAGAUCGAUGAACAAGAUGUUAACGAAGAGAGUCUCGGUAAUGUCAAAGCCUUGUAUCGGUGUGAGUACUGUCAUAUGUUUUUCAAAAAAGAACGGACCUACAGAAACCACCUCAGCUCGCACAUAGAGCAGACCGAAUUCGACUGCGAGUUGUGUAGUAAAUCAUUUGCCACGGAGCAGCAACUGGCUACCCACAGAGCUGAACACUUGGGUAAUUAUAAAUUUACCUGCAAAGUAUGCAAUGAAUCUUUCACUACAAGCGUCGCUAUUGAGGCCCACAUGAAAACGCACGUGGAGGUCGUACGUGAUGAAAGUAAAUGCAAUAUUUGUAGAAAACAUUUCGAUAAUGAAUUGUUACUCAAUGCUCAUAUGAAGGGUCAUUUAUCACGUGCACAUCGAUGCCCGAUUUGUCAUAAGGCUUUUGUCAACAAAACCACGCUGAGGAUGCAUUUCAAGUCCCAUAACACAGGAGGUUCGAAUAAAAAUACUGUCACAAGAAUGGCGAGUAAAAAGUAUAGCUGUACACUUUGUCCGAACACCUACGAUACUCCCUCGCCGUUGUACCGUCAUAUCUUAACACACAUAGAGAAAAUGCACAAAACAGGUGUCGAGGAUGCACUGAUCGAUGAACUUGGGAAACUCAUCGAAAGCGAGGAAGACACCGUUUCUUAGCUAAUGCCCCAAAUUUGUGUAAUAAUUUAUAUCAAUUUCGAUGCUCAAUGACUCUCGAGAUGAAACAUAACAUCUCAUUACCAUAGUAAAAUCUAUCAAACGGCAGUUUAAUAAAUUUCAGGUCACUUCUCAGUA